AUGACUGAGGAGGAGAUUGUUUGUACUUUCAUCAAGGCUCACGAUCCAUCCUACUUUGAAGAGAUCUUUCGCAUGACUGGAAGUUCAUUUGCUGCCAUUAUUAACAAGUUGGAGGAAUACGAUGAGUUUGUCAAAGUAGAAAAGAUUGUUAAUGUUUCGGCAUUAAAAUUGCAAUUGGAUGCUCUACAAAAUCAAAACAACAGUGGGAAAAAGCCCUCAUUCAAGAAGAAAGAAGAUGAUAUUGCUUUUAUAUGGGAUCAAGGCCCGUCUUUCAGACCCAGAUCAUCCCACCUAUUCUUUUCCUUACCCGUAUUACACCAACCCUCAACCAGUCUACCACACUACUACCCAAUUUCAUCAUUCCCGACCAAGUCACUUGAAUACCUCACCCUUUCCUCCAAUCCCACAACUUGUUUUCAAAAUUACUCUCGCCCCAUUUACCAUUCUAGACCAACCCUGGAAAAUAAUAACCCUUUUCAAAAUCCUUUUCAAAUAAGUGGAAUUCAAACUCAGAAGCAAUUUCAAACUUUCACCAAUUUGGGCCGGCCUAUUGAUCAAUUGUAUGAGCAGUUAAAAGCAGCUGAAAAAAUUGGCACUAUCCCUCCCAAACUCCAUCCCAGAGGUCCUCCUGCCGGUUAUGAUCCGCAUGCAAUCUGUGCUUAUCAUUCUGGAAGUCCAGGUCAUACCACUAGUAAUUGUUGGGUUUUAAAACAAGACAUGAUCGAUUCUGGAGACAUCCUUCUCAGAAGAAAGGGAGAGCAGGGACCGAAUGUUAGUAAGAAUCCUUUGCCUGAGCAUGGGAGCACUGUGGGAAUUAUCAUCGCUGAUGAAGAUUUUGCCGAUCCCUCUCAGUACAUUGUAGAUGAAACUGAGGUGUUUGGCAUGAUGGAGGCUGACCAUGCGAGAAUGAGAAAACAGUCGUCUGUUGAAAAGCCCAUGACCAAGGAUAAUGUCGAGGAAAGGUUGAAAUCUUUGGUGUUUGAAAAAGAUGAGCCAUUUAUAGUAGAAGGAGGGCCUUCCGAGAUUGACAAUUCUAAAGCUCCUUUUAUUUUGGAUCUACCAUCUUUUGAAUGGGAUAUAUCAGAGCCUGCCAUUCUCAAAUUUUCAGAACAAAUGCCUAUCAAUAACUUGCAAGAGGUGCCAUGGAACUACGAGGAGUCUAUUCUGUUGAUUGGAGAUAAAAAAUGCUUAAAGGAGGAGGAAUCUACUAUUACCCCGUCUAGGAGAAUUGUAGGAAACUCCAAAGUUGAUGUUCAGUCUCGGGCUAAGGUUAAAUCCCCGACGCCUAAGCCUCUUGUGUCUGAAAGUGAAGCUGUGAAUUUUUUAAAGAUGUUGAAAAGAAGUGAGUGCAAAAUAGUAGAACAGUUGGAUAGGAUGCCUACUCAGACUUCUUUUCUGAAUCUUCUUUUGACUUCCGAGCUAUACAGAGAAACAUUGCUCAAAAUUCUGAACGAAACUCAAGUCCCUAAAGAUAUUCCGGAGGAUAAAUUUUCUAACCUUGUGGGGAAUGUGUUUGCUGCUAAUCAUAUCGCCUUCUCCGAUGACGAUCUGACUGCAGAAGAGAUCGGACAUAAUAGAGCCUUGUAUAUAUCAGUCCGCUGCAAUGGAAAGCUGUUGCCAAGAGUCUUAGUGGAUAAUGGGUCAGCACUGAAUAUUUGUCCAUGGAACACCCUCACCAAACUUGGAUUUCUUGACAUUAAACUCCGCCCAUCUGCAACUGUGGUUCGAGGAUUCGAUGGUUCAAGGAGGGAAUCUAUGGGAGAGACAGAUCUGGUAUUGGAGAUAGGCCCUGCUCAAUUUCAAGUUACUUGCUAA